AAUUGACUUAUUUGUGUUAUCGUACUCUCAAAUAUUUUUCUUUCUUUUUCUUUUACUUUUAACAUUAUUUUAUUAUGGGAACUGUUUGCUGCAAAGAAGAACCAGUGGAUUUAUUAGGUGAAGUGGAAUUGUCACAUUUCAUAUUGUUAAGGUCGGUUGGAAAAGGUGCUUUUGGCAAAGUACGUGUGGUUCAGCACAAAGGCACAAAAAAACUAUAUGCUUUAAAGUACAUCAAUAAAGAGAAAUGUAUUCAAAUGAGAGCAAACGAUAACAUCAUUUCAGAAAGAAGAUUAUUAGAACAUAUCGAUCACAAUUUGAUUGUUAAUUUACGUUAUGCCUUUCAAGAUGACGAUAAUCUGUUCAUGGUAUUAGACCUGAUGCUUGGUGGAGAUUUACGUUUUCAUCUGGAUAGAAUGGGCACAUUACCAGAGAAAUACGUACAGUUCUAUGCUGCUGAGAUUGCACUCAGUUUAAAUUAUUUGCACACCAAGAAUAUCAUCCACAGGGACUUGAAACCAGAUAAUAUAUUACUAGAUGAAAAAGGACACGCGCACUUGACAGAUUUUAAUAUCGCAACACAGCUAAGCCAAAAAAGAGCAAGGCUCCUAACUUCAAUUGCCGGCAGCUUAGCGUAUAUUUCGCCCGAAAUAUUAAACAAGCAAGGUUAUUCUUACUCCGUGGAUUGGUGGUCCCUUGGCAUUGUCCUGUUUGAACUUUUAUAUGGUCAUAGACCGUUUAGAGCAAAGACAAAUGACGAGUUACAGAAAUCGAUUUUAAACGACAGCAUCGAAUUUCCUAAAGAGCCCAGAAUUUCAGCCGAAGGAGUGGAUUUUAUUCGAGCAUUAUUAACACGCGAUAUUACGAAACGACUUGGUGUUGGAGAAGGAGGGUUCAAGCGGCUCAAAAAACAUGUAUGGCUUAAGGACAUGUGCUGGGACAUCCUUUCAUCCAAAGCCGUAGGUGCUCCAUUUAUUCCAGAUGAAAAGAAGUCCAACUUUGAUCCAACCCACGAGCUGGAAGAAGUCUUGUUAGAGGAAAACCCGCUCAAGGUCAGAAAAAGAGCACAGCCCAACAAAAAGAGUACAGAAUUGUUUCCUGCUACAUGUAACAUGCUGGAUCGACAGUUUCUGGAUGAUCACUUCAUUUCCUAUGACUAUACAAAACCAGAAGAGAAUGAAAAGCGAUUUAUCAAGUAUAAAAAGAAGGAACAAAGAAACUCUACAGAUGAAAGCUAUCCCAUGUUAAAAUCAAAGAAAGCAAGCGUCUCGCAAUCAAAAAAAUCAAGCAUCUUGUCAUCGCCUACCGACCAAAAUUAUGUGCAGGAACCCCCUAUCGCUGCCAUGGUUACACGAAACAGGUAAACUAUCCCUUCUAAACUCCUUGUAAAAAGAGAUGAGGGAUAGCACGGGCUCAAACCUCAUGUUUGUUGUUGUUGUUGUUGUUGUAUAAAGGGCAUCCUCCAAUAAAUAAUUACUUUUUUAAAUUACUACUGUCAAGG